AUGACCGACCGCGUUGGCGACGAUCUUGGACGCCUGCUUCCGCGGGUGAUUUUCCUUUGGCUCACGUUAGCUUCAUUGACCAGCGGGGCGCCGUCUCCGCCGGAUUUGGUGUGGUCAAAGGUGAUCGCGACGGAGGACGAGGAUGACCGCGUCACCGGACUAGCGGUCAACCGUGAGGGCCAGAUCGCUAUCGUCGGCGUGACCCAGGGAGGGUUGUUCCUCCCCACGCCUGAGUACCAUGACGCGUUUGUCGCGGUCUACGAUGGUAGGGGUGAACUGCAGUGGGGUCGCCAGUUUGGUGAGCGACUUGAGCUUACGACCGCCACCGACGUGGUGUGGACGUCGUACGGCGAUGUGGCGAUGGUGGGAGACGCCUCUUAUCGGAUGACGAUGUCGGCGCCGACGGGCGCCGAGGUGUACGUCCGGUCUUACCGUCCGACGGGAAGCCAUCGCUGGACGUAUCAACUCGGGGGCCCUCAGACCGACAAUGGAGCUGCUCUGGUCGAGUCGCCAACGGGGAUCGCCGUGGCGGGCGACACCUACAGCUCGCUGUUCGGCGCGGCGGCGGGGGGCAACGACGCAUUUCUUGCCGAACUCAGAUCCGGCACGAAUGGGGUCACGAGCCGGUGGGGGGAGCAGGUCGGCACCAGCGAUUGGGACGUGGUGAAUGACAUGGCCUACGGCGCGGGGGCUUACUACGUCGCGGGACUAACGUACGGGGCGUUUGCCGGCCCGGACAACACCUCGACCGACGCGAUGCUCAUCAAGCUCAGUAGCCAAGGGGAGGUGGAAUGGUCUCGCCAAUAUGGCUCGGCGAGCCAACCCCAAGGCGCGCGGGCCGUCGAGACCGACGGGCAAGGUUCGGUUUACAUCGCCGGCUACACGUUCAUUUCGCAGAACUACGCCACCGGUGGAUUGCCGGACGCGUUUCUCACUAAGUAUGACGAGUCCGGGACGCGGAUCUGGGAACGGACGCUCGUCACGCCAGGGAGCGACGAGUUUUAUGGGCUGGACGUGGACGACGCGGGGAAUAUCUACGUCGGUGGAGUGCGGAAUAUGGGGAACCGAACGCCGGUCUCGUCCGACGUGUACGUCGCAAAGUACUCGCCAACCGGCGUGCGGCUUUGGGAGAAGCAGUUCGACUUCGGGAUCAGCGAUAGGAUUUCGAGGAUCGUGGUGGAUGGGAAAGGUGAGCGGAUCUGGAUCGCAGGGACGAUUUACGGAGACGGCGUCUUCGGAACGGAUCAGAAUUCUGACGGCUUUCUCGCUUACCUCGAGACGCCUCUACUGGCGGGUGACUUCGAUGGCAAUGGGAUCGUCAACCAAUCGGACUACAACUUAUGGCGGCAGGAUUUUGGCUCGUCGAACGCAGCGGCCGACGCCAACUCGGACGGAGUGGUGAACGCCGCCGACUACACCGUCUGGCGAGACGCGAUGCAGGCGGCAGGGCUAGGGACCGCUGUCCCGGAACCCACCGCCACGGCGCUGCUGCCGACUUUCGUUUUGGCUUACGCCGGCAUCCGCAAGUUUCUCGGUCAGACGUGGUGGAUCUUCGCCCUCGUGAUGCUGGCGUCGAUUGCGAUGGCGUACUACUCGGGCAUCUGGCUCUAUUACGCCCUGCCGCCGAUCCUUGUGGUCGUCGCGGUUUACAUGGCGUCGGUCCGCUAUGACAGCGACGGCAAUCUGCGAGAAGAGCAGCGGAUGCGUUAA